AUGUCGUCAUAUAAAAUAUUAGAAAAAAACUCAACAAGUGCUCUAUUAAAUGUAGAAGAUUAUCAUCAACAAGCAAAAGAAAAAUUAGAUAAAAUGAUAUAUGAUUUUUAUAGUACCGGUUCAGAUGAUCAAUUAACAUUAAUCGAUAAUCAAGAAUCUUUUCAACGAAUAAAAUUACGUCCAAAAGUACUCAUUGAUGUUUCAUCACAUCAAAGAGAAAAUUCUCUAAAUUGUCAAACACAACUUUUACAAUCUACAGCGACAAUUUCUUUUCCAUGUAUUAUUGCUCCAACAGCUUUACAUCGACUUGCACAUAGAGAAUAUGGAGAAUUGGCAACUGUUCGAGCAGCUGUUGCUUGUUCUACAAUAAUGUGUGUUAGUACUGCUGCAUCAACAUGUAUGGAAUUAAUUGCUGAAGAAUAUCAACAACAAAUUAAAACAAAUUAUCCUCAAAGUACUUCACAAUUAUGGUUUCAAUUAUAUGUAUUAAAAAGUCGUCCAUGUACGAAAAAACUUAUUCAACGAGCCGAAAAAUCUGGUUAUAAAGCUUUAGUUUUAACAGUUGAUUUAUGUGUUGUAGGUAAUAGAGAAUGUGAUGUUCGAAAUCAAUUUUCAUUACCUAAUGGAAUUCAAGCUGAAAAUAUGAUUGAUGAUGAAACAAAUGAUUUUGCUAAAGAUUAUAAUGUACCUUCAGAAGAUGAAGCAUUAUCAUGGAAAGAUCUUGAUUGGAUACAAUCAAUCACAUCAUUACCUUUAAUUCUUAAAGGUAUUAUUCAUCCUGAUGAUGUUCGGAAAGCUCUUAAAUAUUCUGUACAAGGUAUUAUUGUUUCAAAUCAUGGUGGAAGACAACUAGAUACAUGUUUAAGUACAAUUGAUGCUUUACCUUAUAUUAUCGAUACUAUUCGUACAGAAAAUCAACAAAUCGAUGUUUAUGUCGAUGGUGGAAUACGGCGAGGAACAGAUAUUUUGAAAGCAUUAGCAUUAGGUGCUAAAGCAGUGCUUAUUGGACGACCAAUUUUAUGGGGAUUGGCAGUUGAUGGAGAACAAGGAGUUAAAAAAGUAUUAGAUUUAUUGAAAAAAGAAUUUCGAUUAGCUAUGAUGUUAUGUGGAUGUCAAACUAUUGACGAUAUUAGAAAAAAUAAUCUGUUAAUAAUGAAUUAUACAUCCAAAUUGUAA